AUGACAGUGCGCUCAUUUCUCUAUUACACCGCUGCUCUAACCUUCGACAGCUUCCUUCCGAGAAAAGAAAUUGACAAAAGGGUGCACAUGUUAAUGCGCCAAUUUGAUCUGCUGGGAUACGGCCAUGAAAAACUUCUGAACUUAUCUCCUAGUGCUCAGAGACGAGCCCUCAUCGCUAACGCUCUCGUAAAAGAUCCAGUGUUGUUGAUCGUAGAGGAUCCGUGUGACGGUUUGGAACCGAUCUCCAGUUUUCAACUGAUGUACUGCUUGCGAAACUAUGCAGCUGAACACAAUCGUAUUGUGCUUGUAUCUCUCAGCAAUCCCCGGUCUGAUCUCUGUCAGUUAAUUUCCAGUGUAACCAUAUUAUUCCGCGGAGCAGUACUCUACUCAGGUAAGAGAAUUUAUGUGAAGUUAUCUCAUGCUCUGAAGGCAUAA